ACUAAAAAUCAUGAUUUGUAUUCCUAUUGCUGAGUGAAUUUUCCCGCUGUCUAAGAUACUACACUCGUAGUGACGACAUAUAUUUUGAUAAACCACAACGGAAUAUCUGUGUGUAUGUGUCGCUUUUUGUCUUACACUUCCACAUACACAAUCAGACACUUUUGAGCAGAAUGCGGCACUCAUAGUCCAAUCGUACGUGGAACAUAGACUCCAAGGAGGGCUGCCAGGCCAGCAGCAGCGUAGGGGCAUCCGAUUCAUCAUGGCCGGCUUCAGGCAAGAGGAUGUUGAGCUGCACUAUGAGAUGGGAGAGGAGCUGGGCAGCGGUCAGUUUGCCAUCGUGCGCAAGUGCAAGGAAAAGAGCUCGGGCUCCGAGUACGCCGCCAAGUUCAUCAAGAAGCGCCGCCUGUCAUCCAGCCGGCGGGGCGUGAGCCGCGAGGAGAUCGAGCGCGAGGUCAACAUCCUUCGCGAGAUCCAGCACAGCAACAUCAUCACGCUGCACGACAUCUUCGAGAACAAGACUGACGUCAUCCUCAUCCUGGAGCUGGUGUCGGGAGGGGAGCUCUUCGACUUCCUCGCCGAGAAGGAGUCGCUGAGCGAGGAGGAGGCCACGCAGUUCCUUAAGCAGAUCCUGGACGGAGUGCACUAUCUGCACUCAAAACGCAUCGCGCACUUUGACCUCAAGCCGGAGAACAUCAUGUUGCUGGACAAGAAUGUUCCCAAUCCCAGGAUAAAGCUCAUCGACUUCGGCAUUGCCCAUCAGAUCAAAGCCGGCAACGAGUUCAAAAACAUCUUUGGAACCCCGGAGUUUGUUGCUCCAGAAAUAGUUAACUAUGAACCACUGGGACUGGAAGCAGACAUGUGGAGCAUUGGCGUGAUCACCUACAUCCUGUUAAGCGGCGCUUCUCCGUUCCUGGGCGAGACCAAGCAGGAAACGCUAACCAACAUCUCGGCAGUCAACUAUGACUUUGAUGAGGAAUACUUCAGCAACACCAGCGAAUUAGCCAAAGACUUUAUACGACGCCUGCUAGUCAAAGAUCCGAAGAAGAGAAUGAAUAUUGAAGACAGUCUUCAACAUCCAUGGAUUAAGGUGAUCAAGCGGCGUAACGUGCGCCAGGAGGAGCGCGACAACAAGCCAGAGCGCCGACGCCUCAAGACCACGCGCCUGAAGGAGUACACCAUCAAGUCCCACUCCAGCAUGCCGCCCAACAACACCUACGUCAACUUCGAGCGCUUCUCUCAAGUCCUGGAAGAGAUCGCGGCGGCCGAGCAAGGCCUGCGCCAGCUGGAGCGCAAUCGGCGCUCGUGCCGCGACGACGUGGCGGCGCUGCUGUCCAUCUAUGAGGAAAAGGAGGGCUGGUACAAGGAAGAGAGCCGAGGCAUCUCGAGCCAGCUCGGCGCCGUCCGCCAGGAACUGCAGCGCACGCAGGCGCAGCGCAAGAAAAGCCAGGAGGAGGCCCGCGGAGCCGCGCAGGCCGCCAACGUCCUGAAGCGCAAGUUCGGACGUCUGGAGAACCGCUACGAUGCGCUGGCAGAGCAGGUAGCACACGAGGUGCGCUGGGUGGAGGAGUUGGUACGCUCCAUCGCCGUUGACAGGGACCGGCAAGAGAGCACGCCAUGAUCCGACGCCAAACAAGCUCUCAAAAUGUAAUUUAUUAUUUUACACUUCUUUUUACAGCCUGUUUUUUUUUUAAAUAUUUCUUUUUUUUUUUUUUUUUU